UGACGUCAGCACAGACAGACGCGUUCAUCCAGCGUCGAGUUUUCAGAGCUGAGCUCUGCCACCAUCAGUGAAAUCUCUAAAGACAGAGUUUAUUGAAGGACAGUGAGAAGAUGAGUGAUCCAGAACCCUGCAGAAUUAAACGGGAAGAGACUGAAGAACUAAUAGAUGUGAUUGAGGAGAGUGAAGAACUGAAUGAAGAUGAGGAGAAACAUCAAGUCAAAAGUGAAGAAAAAACCCAAUCAGAGACUGAACAUAGUAUUUCAGUGAAAGGAACAGCUGUAAAUAGUUUGACCUGCACUCAGUGUGGAAAGAGUUUCAGCCGCAAAUGUGGUCUCAAUGAACACAUGAGGAUCCACACUGGAGAGAAACCUUUCAAGUGUCCACACUGCGACUGGAGAUUUAAUAAAUCAAGAAACCUCAAAUCUCACUUAAUGCUUCACACUGGAGAGAAACCUCACCAGUGUUCACACUGCGGCAAGAGAUUCAAUCAUUCAGGACACCUGAAAUCACACUUGAGGAUCCACACCGGAGAGAAACCUUACCAGUGUUCACACUGCGGCAAGAGAUUCAGUGUUUCAGCAUGCAUGAAAGCACAUGAGAGGACUCACACUGAAGAGAAACCGUAUCACUGCACUGCAUGUGGGACGAGAUUCUCGUAUUUGUCUUCUCUACGAAAACACACAAUAAACUGUCACAAUGCGAUUAAGGAGAGUGAAGAACUGAAAAAAGAUGAGGAGAAACAUCAAGUCAAAAGUGAAGAAAAAACCCAAUUAGAGACUGGACAUAGUGUUUCAGUGAAAGAAACAUCCGUAAAUAGUUUGACCUGCACUCAGUGUGGAAAGAGUUUGAGCUGCAAAAGUGGUCUCAAUCAUCACAUGAGGAUCCACACUGGAGAGAAACCUUACAAGUGUCCACAUUGCGACAAGAGAUUCAGUUGUUCACAAAACCUGAAAACACACACGAGGACUCACACUGGAGAGAAACCUUACCAGUGUUCACACUGUGACAAAAGAUUCAAUCAUUCAGGAGGCCUGAAAAAACAUGUGAGGAUCCACACAGGAGAGAAACCGUAUCACUGCACUGCUUGUGGGAAGAGUUUCACAGAUUCAUCUUCUCUACGAAAACACACAAAAAACUAUCACAAUGUGACGGUGAAGGAGGAGAGUGAAGAACUGAAUGAAGAUGAGGAGAAACAUCAUGUCAAAAGAGAAGAAAAAACCCAAUCAGAGACUGAACAUAGUAUUUCAGUGAAAGGAACAGCUGUAAAUAGUUUGACCUGCUCUCAGUGUGGAAAAAGUUUCACCCGCAAAAGCGGCCUCACUGAUCACAUGAGGAUCCACACUGGAGAGAAACCUUUCAAGUGUCCACACUGCGACUGGAGUUUUAAUAUUUCACGAAACCUCAGAUCACACAUGAAGCUCCACACUGGAGAGAAACCUCACCAGUGUUCACACUGCGGCAAGAGAUUCAGUCAUCCAGGAGUCCUAAAAUCACACUUGAGGAUCCACACUGGAGAGAAACCUUACCAGUGUUCACACUGCGGCAAGCAAUUCAGUGUUUCAGCAUGCAUGAAAGCACAUGAGAGGACUCACACUGAAGAGAAACCGUAUCACUGCACUGCUUGUGGGAAGAGAUUCUCAUAUUCAUCUUCUCUACGAAAACACACAAUGAACUGUCAGAAUGUGAUGGUGAAGGAGGAGAGUGAAGAACUGAAUGAAGAUGAGGAGAAACAUCAUGUCAAAAGUGAAGAAAAAACCCAAUCAGAGACUGAACAUAGUAUUUCAGUGAAAGGAACAGCUGUAAAUAGUUUGACCUGCACUCAGUGUGGAAAGAGUUUCACCCGCAAAAGCGGCCUCACUGAUCACAUGAGGAUCCACACUGGAGAGAAACCUUACAAGUGUUCACACUGCGACUGGAGUUUCAAUAUUUCACGAAAUCUCAGAUCACACAUAAAGCUCCACACUGGAGAGAAACCUCACCAGUGUUCACACUGCGACAAGAGAUUCAAUCAUUCAGGACAGCUAAAAUCACACUUGAGGAUCCACACCGGAGAGAAACCUUACAAGUGUUCACACUGCGGCAAGGGAUUCAGUGUUUCUAAAAACAUGAAAACACACGAGAGGAUUCACACUGGAGAGAAACCGUAUCACUGCACUGCUUGUGGGAAGAGUUUCACACAUUCAUCUUCUCUACAUUUACACACAAUAAACUUUCACAGUAAGUAGAUCAUCUAAAGGUCCAGGUUGCAUUAUUUAGGAUAAAGACUGUCCCAGCAAACCCACAACUAGCAAAUGUGUCCAGAUGUAGGCUUUUAAAGUAGUUUGAGCAUCCUAACUCCUAAACAUUUGCAGUUUGCACACAUGUAUUACACCAUCCAACCCGCUCCGAGCUGGGAUCAAACUCUUCAUAUGGGAUUUGGUUGCUCUAACAAGGAGGCUUAGACUUGGUUUAUACUUGACACGUCUGCUAGUUUGCUUGAGUGUGCGCAGCGAAUGUGACAUCAUCGUUGUGUUUGCAGAGGUUUGCUUUGGGUGCGCACAACAUAAUUUUGGUCGGAGGAGUACAUGGGGUUUUUUUAGACUCGAGCGAACAGUUUGUGCGUGCCGCAUUUGAUUUGAAUUGAAUAUAAAACGCUUUGAAGAGAUUUUGUCUGAAACAGUACGCCUGUACAGACAUCUUUAUGAUCCGUGAUCAUAGAGAUAACCUGAUGACCAAUAAUUCUUGGCUAGAAAUUGCAACAGCAGUGGGAAAGGUUUGGUUAAAAGGUUUGGAAAAAUCUUAGGGAUAAGUUUGUUAAAGGGCCAUGAAACCCCCCACUUUCGGUUCAAAUCUACCUCAGAAUUUUUUCAAAAAAUGCAUCUCGAUGGGCGUAGAGCUCUGCGAGCAGAGGGAGGAGUGGAUGUGGCCAGCAGAGCAGGAGGGGAGCGAACAACUGUUGUCAGGUAGCUCACAAAAUGAGACACAAACCGUGAGGAGACGCAUGAUUUUAUAGUUUACAAAGUUAAAAUGCAAAGAAAUAAACAGUAAUGCCCUGCUACAUUUGUUAUUCGUAAUUUAAUAUACACACAACCACAAUUUAUAUCAAUACAAAGAAAAUCGUGUUCAUAUAAACAUUAUGAAUGAGGACUUCUCCCUCAAUCCCCAGGUCUAAAUGCAGACUCAGGUCUCUUGCCCUGUUUAUUCUAACCAUUAGCCCUGCUGGUAAUCUGGAGGAUUUAGGCGAACACAGCAGCACGGAGAUGUCUAAAUGUGAACAAACUCCACUGAUAAAAGACAAAGUUCGCCAUUCUCCAAUUCUCGUACUGCUCUCCUGAUAAAAAUGCUUGCUGCACACAAACAGCUUUGCUGUAUCGGCCCUGGCAGGAUCGCGGGGAUAACGUGCCUUAAACCCUAUAGAUCAUGGAAACAAACACAUUCGGCAGUUCAUGAAUGGCUAAAUACUGGUGCUGUGGGUCUGUGGACUUGGUCUCACCCAGUCAUCAACAAUGGGUCUCACAGCUUUGCGCUGGCAGGUCUGUCUUGCCUUAGGAAUGCAAGCACAGUCAUGAAUAAUUAAGAAGCCGGCUCUUCUCAUAGGAUAAGAAAACUCAGCUCUGAAUAAUAAUGAGGAACCGACGGGUCUUCACUCCAUAGCAGAUUUGCGCUACGUCACCGAUUUUGAUCUUGUCCUAAUAAUUAUUUAAACCCAGAAGAUGAAAUUAGCUGACAAAAGCUCAAAAUCAUACAGUUUUCCUCACAAUUAAAGCUGACUGGUGCUAACACUAUGUUAACUUAAGGCCAUGGCAAAGAUGGAGACCCUGGUGCACAAUUACAGAAGAUGUUUUCCACCAUUCAUAGGUUUUACACUGAUGUGUAUAUAUUACAAUUUUGAUUUUAAAACAAUUUAAUAGUUACAAAACUAUAAUUAAGAAACUAAUUAUGUCUUUGAUAAUCAGUUUACAAUAUACUCUGAUGAUACUCUGAUUUAUUGGUGAUAAUGGUCAGGAAUGAUGGACCAUUAUUGCCUUUUCAGCAUAAGUAGCGGACAGAAACCAGCCAGACAGUAAUGUGUGUAUUGUGGAGUGGGCUACAUCUAAAAACAAAAACAUCUGUAUUUUUUAGUAAGUGUACUAUUUUUGCUUUUAUUCUUGCCAUAAUAAAAAAAUAUAAUUGUAGAGUAACACAUGUUCUGCUGUCAUUAAUAUUUUAAUAAACUUUAAUAGGUAAAACUGUCCGAGAUAUAAACAAAAGCAAAUGAUGCAACAAAGUUUGAUUAAAAAAAUCUUGAAUGGUUAAAAAAAUCCUUAUAAUCAUUAAAAUAAUUUAUAAAAACAAUAAAAAUAAUUAGCUUAAAAAUACUGAAUGAUAUUAAUGAUAUGACGUAGUUCCGGAAACUUCCUACUUCUCUGUUUAUCCGUCUGAUUUUACGGUAGGUUUCUUUUGACCGCCGCCUGUCGUUUUAAAGAAUAUCACAACGGCGAACGCAACAAGCAUAAAAGUCUCGUCCGUUUCGCGAGAUGCGCGCGCAGUCAGCGGAGAUCCGUGAUGCAGCGCCAGGCCAAAGUAUAAAUCCAGCUUUAAGACCAUGGACCAUGGUCUGUCACUAGAGCACCUUUAGAGGUCAGAGGAGUGAGGUUUUCUGCACAGCACUUCACUAGCUGGUCUCUGUUGCACAAGGAAAUAUGUCGCCUAACAGCAAGAAGGUCGUUGGUUCGAGCAUCGGAUGGGUCAGUUGGCGUUUCUGUGUGGAGUUUGCAUGUUCUCCCCGCGUUUGCAAGGGUUUCGUCCGGGUGCUCCGGUUUCUCCCACACUCUCAGAACUAUAGGUACACUAUCUGUCACUGGGGUGGUACCUUUUCAAAAGGUACAGAUUUGUCUAUAUUAAUACCUCAAUGGUACAUAGCACCUAAAAAUUUUAAGAGGAACACUUUUGUACUUUUUAGGUACUAAUAUGUAUUAAUAUGAGCCUUUUAGGCACAAAUCUGUACCUUUUGAAAAGGUACCACCCCAGCGACAGAUCGUGUACCUUUAUUUCUGAGAAUGCACAGUCCAAAGACAUGCGGUUCAGGUGAACUGGGUAGGCUAAAUUGUCCGUAGUGUAUGGGUGUUUCCCAAAGAUGUGUUUCGGCUGGAAGGGCAUCCGCUGCGUAAAUCGUGCUGGAUAAGUUGGCGGUUCAUUCCGCUGUGGCGACCCCGGAUUAAUAACGGGACUGAAAAUUAAAGGGCCGAAAUGAAAAUGAAUGAGGAUGUGUCUCUCUUGUUUACCUGUCUUAUUACCAUGUAAACACUGCAGCAUCAUGUUUAAUUAUAUUAUUAUAGCAAAAGAAAAACAUGUUUUAGACAAAAUUAAGUGUUAACUAAAGAUGUUUAUUAUUUGUAAAGAUAUAGGCCUCUUUUUUUGAGUGUAUGAAUGGACAAUAAUGGCAGUUGUUGUUUUUGAUCUAAUACACAGAUUUUUGAGCAGUGUUGUUUCAUGUGGUGCUCACUGCAAACCCUGAGCUCUCCAGCAAGGGGGAGCUUGAGCUCCAGCUCCUCCUUCCUUGCUCUUCUUCUACGA